AUGGAGGUACGACAACCAAACAAGAUUGAACCUACGAGAUGGAGGAUACCACAACCAAACAAGAUUGAACCUAUGAGAUGGAAGACACAACCAAAUAAGAUUGAACCUAUGAAAUGGAGGAUAGCAGAAUGGUCAGACUCACGAGGUCUGGAGCUAUUUUCACCUGUCUACCGAAGAGUUAAGCAGGAUAUGGGCUUUGAAAAUAAGACUUACAUAGUAACUAGCAUCUUGGAAGAACCUUAUCUCAUGUUCAAGAAAGCUGAACCUAGUGAAUAUCUGGAAGGUAAUGACAAGUUUGAAGGAUUUUCAAAAGAUCUCUCAGAACUGAUAGCAAAACAUCUCAACUUUGAUUAUAUUUUGAAACUGGUGAAUGAUUCGAAUUACGGAGGUCAAGAUCCAAAUUCUCCUGCUGGAUGGAAUGGGAUGGUUGGAGAACUCAUUCGUAAGGAGGCGGACAUGGCUAUCGCCCCUCUGACGAUUACCUCUGCAAGGGAACGUGUUAUUGAUUUCACCAAGCCUUAUAUGUCUCUGGGUAUCAGUAUAAUGAUUAAGAAGCCGAUGAAGAAGAAACCUGGAGUGUUUUCCUUUAUGAAUCCCUUGUCCAAAGAGAUAUGGAUGUGCAUCAUUUUUGCUUAUGUUGGAGUGUCGGUUGUGCUGUUUCUUGUUAGCCGGUUUUCUCCUCACGAAUGGCGACUCGAAGACACCUUCCUGGGCCAGUCGGUGUCCAACGACUUCUCCUUAAUGAACAGUCUCUGGUUUUCUCUGGGGGCUUUCAUGCAACAGGGUUGUGACGUCUGCCCCAGGUCGAUGGCUGGUCGAAUCGUGGGAAGUGUCUGGUGGUUCUUUACUCUUAUAAUCAUUUCGUCCUACACCGCCAACCUGGCAGCGUUCUUGACUGUGGAAAGAAUGGUUACCCCUAUCAAUUCACCAGAGGAUUUAGCCAAACAAACCGAAGUGGAGUACGGAACCCUCAUGUAUUCUUCAACCCAGGAGUUUUUCAAACGUUCCAAGAUAGCUGUUUAUGCCCGGAUGUGGGAGUUUAUGAACUCCAGGAAGCACGUCUUCACAUCAUCUUACGACGAAGGUAUCAGACGAGUCCGUGAAUCCAAAGGAAAGUAUGCCUAUCUUCUGGAAUCCACUACUAACGACUACAUUAACGAGCGCGAGCCCUGUGACACUAUGAAGGUGGGAAGAAAUCUUGACGCUAAGGGCUUUGGGGUCGCUACCCCACUUGGUUCUAACCUCAGAGAUCGUCUUAAUCUUGCAGUUCUGUCUUUGAAAGAAAAUGGUGACCUCGCGCGCUUGAAGAAUAAGGGAUGUACAACUGACAGUGGAAAAUGGAAAGUAAGUAGGGUUAUAUAUAUAUAUAUAUAUAUAUCUACUGGAUGUACAAGUGACAGUGGAAAAGAUUCGUCCCAAAACGAGCUUACUUUAAGUAAUGUAGCUGGCUGCUUCUUCAUCCUGAUUGGUGGAUUGGUUAUAGCUAUGCUUGUGGCCUUACUUGAUUUCUGUUUCAAAGCCAAAGCCGAAGCGUCUCGUGUAAAAAUUAGCUUGUGUGAAGCAAUGAAGGUUAAGUUACGAAUAUCUCUUACUGGGAACCAGCAAGAAGAACAAGAACCGUUCUACAUCCAGGCUUCAUGCCACAUGAUUACCUUGGAUGGGAUGACUGAUUCCAUUCAUACUCAGGUGUGAAUACCAAGAGGAGUCCUUCGGCAACGACUUAUUAAGAUUAUAGUCAACGAUAGCUAGUUUUCUGUACUAUUAUGUAAAGUAAUCUUCAAAUGUUAGAUUCCCAAUAAUGAAGAAGAAUAGACUUCCAAAACGACUUCGGUCAUAAAAUAAUAUUUGAUUUAUGCAACUAAAUAUUACAAAACUUGUUAGAUAAUGCGUAAAUUACACCCUGUGUCUUAUGUAACUAGAUAUUACAAGAGUCUAAGUGAAGCAUGCCUUUAACCACAUGCUUUAAUGAUUAAAUAACACAAAGAUAAUUAGGUAUAAUAGUGACUUAAUCACGUGGUUUAUGCGACUACGAAGCUCUUUAGGUUAUACAUGGAUUCGUGAUAUACGAUAACCUGACAUAUUGUUGAACAUCAUAUCAGUUUCUAUGGUAUUGUUUACUUUUAGAUUCAUUAAACAAAGUCCAGUUUUAAUAUCACAAUGAUAAAUUAAUAAAAUAUCCAUCAUCCAAGAAGAGAAGAAGACACACGAGAAAUUUAACCACGUGGUUUAUCGAAUUCCAAGUCUUUUGGAUAUUUUCACAAGAAACAAAAGGGUUUCGUUUAAUUAACAAAGUCGAGGAAGAGAGGCGUUGAUUAUCAAGAUUUUCUAUCAAUUUAUAGAGUAGUGUUGGAUCAUUAGUUUUGAACCCACUCAGUGUAGUUUCAAUAAACUACUUUGUAGGAGUUUAUAAUGUAAUGUUGAAUUUAGAAGUUUUUCCGAUACUGGUAUUGUAAGAGCUUCGUAUUUUGCUACAAUAGGUGAGUUUACAAUAAAGUUGUACACCCGUC